AUGGAAGACUCUAUGUUUAUUUCACAGAGCAAGUAUGCCAAAGAACUAGUCAAGAAGUUUGGUCUUGAAGGUUCAACUAAGAGAACUCCUGCAGCUACUCACAUAAAAUUGACAAAAGAUGAUAGUGGUCCUGAUGUUGAUCAAAGUCUUUACAGAAGUAUGAUAGACAGUCUUUUGUACCUCACUCCUAGUAGACCUGACAUUGCCUUUGUUGUAGGAGUGUGUGCAAGGUAUCAAGUUUCUCCUAAGGAAAGUCAUCUUGUUCAAGUAAAGAGGAUUAUCAAGUAUGUUAGUGGAACAAGUGACUAUGGUAUUUUCUAUGCUCAUCAUACAAAUUCUAGUCUUGUGGGAUACUGUGAUGCAAAUUGGGCAGGAAAUGCAGAUGACAAGAAGAACAUUUCAGGAGGAUGUUUCUUUUUGGGGAAUUACCUUAUCUCUUGGUUCAGCAAGAAACAAAACUGUGUUUCUGACACAGCGGAACGCACAAGGGUUUGCAAACACAAAACCCUAAGUAACAGAAAACUAGAAUCCACCAGGAUUUGA